AUGUGUUCAACAUUUUCGCUUUCGGCUAAGCCUUGCAGCACUGAGGUAGAUAAUGGCAUAUUCUUGCAUUCAAAAUCCUUAGUUACAAGAGCAAGAGCUGAAGUGAUCACAACUCCUAAGAGAUCGAGCCGACGUGCUUUUCCUCAGCUUUUAACACAAGGAAUUCCUCAUACUGAUCUUCAAGUACAUGAAAUUGUUGAAAGGCAGUCUCAGGCUAACAACUUAGACAAGCAAGAUAUCUGCAGAAAGCGAGAGUUUCAUCCUGCAUAUCUUGAAGAAGCCUACGAAAGGUGCAGAAGCAUUUGCGCAGAAUAUGCCAAGACUUUCUAUCUAGGAACUCUGCUGAUGACAGAGGAGCGACAGAAAGCCAUAUGGGCAAUUUAUGUAUGGUGCAGGAGGACAGAUGAACUGGUCGAUGGCCCUAAUGCGAUGCACAUGAGCACUUCUGUUCUUGAUAGGUGGGAGGCGAGGCUGCAAGAUCUCUUCGAUGGACGCCCCUAUGACAUGCUCGAUGCUGCGCUUACUGAUACGAUUUCCAAGUUCCCUUUAGACAUUAAGCCCUUUAGGGACAUGAUUGAAGUCGGCCUAAUGAGUGUUCCAGUGAUGGGAAUUGCAGCAGAAUCUUCAGUUUCUGCUCAAAGUAUUUACAAUGCAGCAGUGUACUUGGGGAUUGGAAAUCAGCUUACAAACAUUCUUCGAGAUGUGGGAGAGGAUUCUCUGAGAGGAAGAGUUUACCUUCCACAAGAUGAGCUUGCACAGUUCGGACUAUGCGACAAGGAUGUUUUCGCAAGAAAGGUCACUUAUGGAUGGAGAGAGUUCAUGAAAGAGCAGAUAACAAGGGCAAGAUUCUAUUUCAACCUUGCAGAAGAAGGGGCUUCGCAGCUUGAGAAGGCUAGCCGCUGGCCGGUAUGGUCAUCCCUGCUAAUAUACAGAAAAAUCUUGGAUGCAAUCGAGGACAAUGAUUAUGAUAACUUCACGAAACGAGCUUAUGUUGGAAGAACUAAGAAACUUCUCACAUUGCCCCUAGCAUACACCAAAGCUCAAUCAAUGUCUAGCUUGAUCCUUCAGUAA